AUACUCGUCUCUCUUCUCCUUCGGUCACGCGCCAUGCUCUCCGUCCCCUCCGAGUGUAAGCCUGGCACCGGAAGAAUAAGCGUGGCCGGCGGCCAAGCAGGGACCUUUUCUCAGAAAUGACCUUACGGCAGCACAAGGCGAACGGUUACUCUGCAUUCAAGCAAAGGGAGCGCUUGGUGAUUCCGUGAGGCGGCGGCGGCGGCGGCAGCCAGAGCGAGCAGCGGGGGAAGACGGCAGGCGGCGCUGCCUGGGCCUCUGAUGCAGGCAGCGGCGCUGCGUCGCGUCACAGCAGACCGGGCGGGGCCGCUCCCUUUCUCCGCCCCUUAGGCUUGGGCCCGGCGCAGCGGCCUAGCGUUGGUCCGGCCGAGCCGCACCGCUCUUUCGGCCUCGUUCUCCGCGGCGUGGACACGUGUGUGUAUGUACGCGCACGCGGGGAGCCGGAGAGCCCCGGAUGCUUUGCCCUGCAAAACAAAGUUCCCUAGCUAGCAGAGCAGCCCUUGCUGCCACAAAGUGAUGCAUCAUGCCCAUAGUGGACAAGCUGAAAGAAGCCCUAAAGCCUGGGCGGAAAGACUGUACUGAUGAUGUUGAGCUGGGCAAGUUGUUGGCAGCUUCGGCCAAGAAGAUUUUGCUGCAAAAAAUAGAAUUUGAACCAGCCUCCAAAAGCUUCUCCUACCAGCUGGAGAGCCUCAAGAGCAAGUAUGUCUUGUUGAAUCCAAAGACAGAAAACCCAAGUCGCCACAAGGGCUGUGAAGAGGCAUUCAUCCGAAAGCAAGGCAGCGAGCAUGUGCUUGGAGGUGAUGGUGUGCCAGCCCCACAGAAGGUCCUUUUUCCUGUGGAGCGUCUCUCCCUGAAAUGGGACCGUGUGUACCGUGUUGGAGCUGGUCUCCACAACCUGGGCAACACUUGCUUCCUCAACUCCACCUUGCAGUGUCUGACAUACACCCCACCUCUGGCCAAUUACCUGCUUUCCAAGGAACACAGCCGCAACUGCCACCAGGGAGGCUUCUGCAUGAUGUGCAUAAUGCAGAAUCACAUGAUACAGGCCUUUGCCAACAGUGGCAAUGCCAUCAAGCCAGUGUCCUUCAUCAGAGAUCUUAAAAAGAUUGCUCGGCACUUCCGUUUCGGCAGUCAGGAGGAUGCACACGAGUUCUUGCGGUACACCAUUGAUGCCAUGCAGAAGGCCUGCCUCAACGGUUAUACCAAGCUGGAUCGUCAGACUCAGGCUACUACACUGGUGCAUCAGAUCUUUGGUGGCUAUCUCCGAUCUCGUGUGAAGUGCUCUGUGUGCAAGAGUGUUUCUGACACUUAUGACCCCUACCUGGAUGUGGCUUUGGAAAUCAGGCAAGCUGCCAACAUCGUGCGGGCAUUAGAAUUAUUUGUAAAGGCAGAUGUGCUGAGUGGAGAGAAUGCCUACAUGUGUGCCAAGUGCAAGAAGAAGGUGCCAGCCACCAAGCGUUUCACCAUUCACCGGGCCUCCAACGUUCUUACGAUCUCGCUCAAGCGCUUUGCCAACUUCAGUGGAGGCAAGAUCACCAAGGAUGUAGGCUACCCUGAAUUCCUGAAUGUCCGUCCCUACAUGUCACAGAGCAACGGUGACCCUGUCAUGUAUGGUCUCUAUGCUGUGCUUGUACAUUCAGGAUACAGCUGCCAUGCAGGCCAUUAUUACUGCUACAUCAAGGCUAGCAAUGGGCAGUGGUACCAGAUGAAUGACUCCCUGGUACAUUCAAGCAACAUCAAAGUGGUUCUCAACCAACAGGCCUACGUGCUCUUCUACCUUAGAAUCCCAAGUACCAGGAAGAAUCCUGAGAAUCCUGUCUCCAAAAGCAGCUGCCCCAUGCCCAGCCGAGCAGGCAUUGUCGCUGACCAUAUGAAGAAAAGCACGACCAAUGGGGCCCUUUCAUCACCACUAAUGAGCAAAAGGCAAGAUGUGACUCAGGCUAAGAAGCCUUCAGAUACGGAGGAAACUGGUGUUCCCAUUCCCCGCAGCUCCUUUGCUUCCAACUCCAAGCCUCAGAAUGGGACACUUCCUCCUCUUCCCAAGCUCAUCUCUAUCACUGGGUUUUCCUCACCCAAGCUCCCGUCCAAGCCCACAUUUCUGGAUGACUUCAGUAAAAGAUGCAAGAAACACCCUUUCCUGCCACUCAAAUCAUCUCAGGACUUGAGUGAGGCCGGCAGUGCCAGGUCGGAGACGGGCAAGCAGAGCUCCUGGGGAGACAAGCACUCGGCAUCGCCUGUGCAGCUGCCAGAUGCUUCUGGAGGUGACCCCGAGGCCAAAGUGCGUGAAGAAGGCGCAGAGCUACCAAGCAAGGACUCCUCCUCUUUGACCACCAGCUCCUCGUCGUCUUCAUCUUCUAGCAGCUCCUCUUGCUCCAGCCCAGCACAUAACUCCAUUAAGGGACUUCCGCAGUCCACAGUGGGCAUCAACGGCUACUGCUCCUCUCAGGAAACGGACUGUGCCUCUGGGAAACAUGUUCCUGAGGACUCCAGAUUUGCCAAGCUAAAGUCGCCAUCGCUGGCUAAUGUGACCAAUCUGGAGCUGGGAAGUACUAUGUCACCCCCACCGGCCAAGAAACUGGCACUUUCUGCCAGGAAGGGCAGCAACACACUGCAGAAGGUGAGCGGCAGUGAGCGUCGGGCGCCGCCCCACUCCCCACCAGCUGCCACAAACACCACCCACCCCGUCCACGCCGCUGUGCUGGGCUAUCCCAGGGUGCUCUCACCUGCUUCCAAAUCUUCAGCACCUCCACAAUCUGCCGACAGCGCCUUUGUCAACUUCACACCCUCAUCCAGCUUCAAAUCACGUUGCCUCUCAGCUGCCCCUCUGUCGCCACCUGCAGUGCCCACAGGGGCACCAAGCCACCCUUAUCCAGCCAAGGACAAAGGGCCUUUCCUUGCCAACUCCAAGAAGAGAAAAAGGAAGCAUAGUCCCACAGAGGAAGAACAAGAAACCUAUUGCAGCUCAGGUACGACAGGUGUCAGUUCCAAGGAAAUCUGGCUCUCAAGCCCUCCCAAGAAGAAAAGGCAACUGAAAGAAAAUGGCAGCUUUGGAGCCAUCCCUGUCUUGGAGCCAGCCUGGAAGGGAGAAGAAAGGGGAAUGGCUAUAGACUACAGGGCGCCAGAUCCUAGUCUGGGCAGUUCCAUCCAGAAGAAGAAGAAGAAGAAGAAGAGGCUGCAGCAGAGGGGGGAAGACUGCACACUUUUGUUGUCACCUAUGAACAGCUAUCCUCCACGGUCUGAAGCAGAGGUCUGCCUGCCACAUGUGCCUGCGGAGGAACCCUGCCAUGUGAAAAGGAAGAAGAAGAAGAAGCAGAAGCAGCAGCAGCUGCCUUCUCCAGAUUCAGACUCGGGCAGAGAGAGUGAGCACCGCAAGCACAAGAGGAGGGAGAAACGGAGCGGCUCUGUGCCUGAGAUCAGCAGUGCCCACGAGGGACCGCGUGAGAACGGCCUUUCCUCGGUCAGAGUCAGCCCUCCAGCAACACUGGCCUGGGGCAGCCAACUUACACAUGGGGACAACUGCCCGUUGAACAUCUUAAGUCCAAAGAAGGAAGUGAUACGACAUAAGUGUGUGCAGUCUGAUGUUGUUCAGGAACUGCUGAAGGAUUCUUUGGAUAAAGCUUAUGGAAAACAAGUGUUGACAUGGGAAGGGGAGGUGUCAGCUGUCAGCCAGGAUGCCAUGCACGAGGCUCUGUGGCUUCAGAAACAGACAGUCCUUGAUGAGUGGGAUGAAGAGUUCGACAGUGGGAAGGUGAAGAAAAGCAAGAAGCUCAAGCAUGAGCGAAGGAGAAACUUCAAUGCUUUUCAAAAAUUACAAAGCCGACGUAACUUCUGGGCUGUGACUCAUCCGGCUAAAGUAGCUAGCCUGAGCUAUCGGCUAUAAGAUGAUAGAUGAGUCCUUGGCUGCAGCGGCACAAUGGCGGACUCUUCUACCUUGGAGCUGCUAGUGACCAAAAUUAAGUUGUCAACAGUUGCAGGCUGCCAGCUGUAUGGAAUCCACAGGGAAGGUCUUCCUCUUGCUCUGAGCGAAUGCUGCCGUUUCAGAGGGCUCUGAUGGAUCUUCUGCACAUUGCCUGGGCUUACGAACCACUUGCCAGCUAGUUCCAGGAGUGCUCUGAGAAGCCUUUCUGAGUGCAAGGGGCUCUCCCAGGGUAGCUGUGUGCAUUGGGCAUGGGUGAAUAGUGGGGCCAGGGGUGACCAGCCUUCUGAAAUCAAACCCCUCUGCUACCUCCACCCCCACAAGUUUAGGCUGGGUGAGCUGCAAUGCUAUCUCCUGCCUUUCCUGCCAGGGGAAGAGGAAGGAAUCCGAGAGAUGGACACUUUAUUGCCCAAAGCGGCAUUUGUUGCUUUUCCCUACUCUCCAGCUAUAUCGUUAUGACAGGGUAACUUCUGCGGCUUUUUUCACCCAUCAGUGUCCUGUCCUUUUCAGAGAGGUAUAUAAAAUGCUCCUCACUGGAAAUCUUGGAGCACAUCCCUGCAGCCUGCUCCUGCUGUGCAAGCACUCUUGAAAUGGACUUCUGUACAGCAAGGAAGGCUGCUGGUGGUGUUGGCCUGCCCUGUAUCAUUGUGUGGUUGCCUCUUGUUUCUGAUGAAAUCGCUCUGAGCGCCCUUAAAGGGUGCUGCUUCACCACAACAACCUCUCAGUAGCAUCCUCUAGCCAUAGCCAAGCAGCAGCACAUUCAGGUAGUAUCCUAUCAACCCUGUAAGUGGGGACUUGAAUGCUUGACUGCUCCUCCAUGUGGAAAUUAUUAUUUAUUUCACAUCUACAAUGAGGGACUGAAAAGUUUUUGGCCUGACCCACUUUUGUUUUGUGUUAUAUCUUUUGUUUUGGGUCUGUUUGUUUUUGUGUUGUUCAUUUGUUCUGUUUGUUUUGCUUUCAUUUUGGUUUUGCUUUGUGUUUUUUGGUUUUGUUCAUUUUCUUGUUUGCUUGGUCCAGCCAAGAACUUUUCAGCACCCCCUUGUAUGCCACCCACAGCCGAAGCUCUCUGGGCUGUUUACAACGAAUUAUAAAAACAAUAAAACAAGAUGAAAUAGAAUAAAAACAUUAAACAAUAAAAAGACAGUUAAAAGGCUCCAGCCAAGAAUAAAAGAAAGGCACCUGGCUAAUCGUUGCAGGCCCCUGAAUGACCAGGGAGGUCUUUAAAGGCCUUCUCAGAGGUGGCUGCCUUGACCUGGCAAAUUUGGUGCCCGGUGGGCCACAACAGGGAGGUUGUUCCAGGGAUGGUGGGGGACGGGAGAUUCUGCAGAUAAUUGAGCCAGGAAUCCUAUACAAAGGAAUAAUAAUAAUAAUUCUCAAUGCUACACCUGUAAUUGGAAGCUUCCUUCCUUGGGUCUUCUCCCAUCCUUCAUCAGUUCAUGUACUAAUUAACUUCCAGUGGACAUCUUUGCACAGCUUGAUUGGCAAAAGUGAUGGAUUCCUAAAGAAGAUGUGACUCCUGCAGUUUUCUGCCUUGGUUCACAUUAGGCAGAGGAUGCUUUAAAGCCCUGCUGUUGAUGUGCCAAGGCAGAAUGGGCUGAUUGCUGCUGAAAUGAAAGAGAACCGAGUCGUUUGUGCCAAGCUUUCUGCUGGGUAGUUGUCAAGCCCAGUGGGACCAUGGGCAAAUGUUCCUGCAGGGCUGGCCUGGGUUUUUAUUUAUUUCCUUGCAUCUGCUGCUGGGUGGUGACUCUUUCCACGGUGGCUUUUUCUUACACCUUUCCAGACAUGCACGAUCAGUCUGAGGGGCAGUCCAUGCACAUCCCUCCCAUUCUUGCAUCCACUGCAUCUAAUUAAUCUUGUUUCCCAUUCAGCCUUGGCACCCAUUUUCUCCAUUCACAGAUGAGGGGUGAAGGUUGAAAACAAGCCCAGUUCUUUCCACUGUGUAACAUAUCAAACAGUUACCAUUUUGGCCCUUGCAUUUGUUUUGAGCUAACAGUGUUUUGUCCCUUUUUCCUGGGGGAGUGGGGCACUAAGACCACUCACUCUCUCAGUGGAGAGCAGAGACUCACUCUGGCAGUGCCCAUUUCACAAUCUCCUGCCCACAUGUAGAUACCCAGAACAGGGAAAUACUUUGCACCUCAUGCUGGGGCUUAUUGCAGUAGCCCUAGUUGUAGCGAUGGUCCGUGGUGCAAUAAAGGAAUGUUUUGUGUA